CCGGCUGAUGUUAUCACCUUCAAAGCACCAUUAUCUGUAGCACGCGAUAUUCAACCUUCGUGCUCUGAGCUGUUACGAUGGAUAGAUCAGAUCCUGAUGCCAUUUGGGUAGCGCUGUCCGAGCACAUUCCUCUGAGUGCUCUCGAUGAUCCAUCCCCUCACGCACGAUGCCUCAAUGGUACGCGCAAUCGGCUUAUCUCUGACAUAAUGGGACACCUUGAUGGGAAACUUGGACAUAUCAUCUGGCUCUACGGGCCCACGGGGACCGGGAAAACGGCCGUUGCUCUUUCCAUUGCAGAAAGACUCAGGACGGCAGAUCGGCUAGCUGGAUGCUACUUCUUCCCUCGCACGGAUCCUAAGCGCCAAUCCCUUCUCUAUAUCUUGCCCACCAUCGCGUAUCAGCUGGGCAUCUUGUACUACGCUCCGCGAGGUGUAAUCGCGAAAGCUCUUGUACAGGAUCCUGGCCUACUCGGCAAGGACCGAUUCUAUUCCCACCAAGUCAAUCCUCUUUUCGUCAACCCGCUUGAUGGUUUGGCAUACCUCUUAGAUAACAAGGGGAACAAGCCAGUCAUAAUUCUAGACGGGGUCGAGAAGUGCUGCUCCCCAAAGGAGUAUAGCACAGUCAUACACUUCUUCAAACUCUUGGUUGACGGCCUUGGACGGGGUCCCGGGCGCAACUUCCACCUUAUCCUCACGAGCAGUACUAAUGCCUCAUGUGAGGAGGUGCUGGGAUCACUUGAAAAGACACCACGGGUUGUUAAUAUCCAGAGCUACGAUGCGGGCCCGGAUAUCACGCGUCUUCUAAGGGUGCGUCUAACAGAAAUAGCGCUGCGACGUUCAGUCCAGUCUUCUAUCCCUUGGCCAUCUGAGGGGGACAUCAAAGCGGUUAGGGACAGAGCGUCAGGGAAUUUUGGGUAUAUUAGUAAAAUGACUCGCUUCGUCGAUGAUCUCAGUCCUAUCCAACAGCUUGCUUCCGUGCUGAAGCAGAUUGCCCUCGACUCGGAGUCCAGUGAAAGUCGCAACGAGAAAUAGCCUAGGAACACUGACUACAUGUAAAGUAUACUUUACGCAAGAUAUUUUAGGAACCCCUGAGUAUCUCUUUCACAAACUCC